AUGAGGGCGAAGGAAGAUGUCGAUGUGGGUGAAGAAGGAUUGGGAAAGUUUCUGGAAGUUGCUGAGGGCGCUGGUGCUAUGCGGGGUCGCUGGGUUGCUGGGCUAGGUAGGGGUAGAUUCGGCGUUAGGAGGCGGAAGGUGAAAAGGGAGCUGGAUGUGACGGAGCUCCUCGCCCUCGCGUAAGGUACAAGUGCGGGUGCGGGUGCGGGUGCUGAUGGCGCUGCCGCUGCUGGAAACUACGAAGUAAGGUGCUUGGUUCUUCUUUACGGAGUAGGUGCAAUGUGCAAUGUGCAAUGUGCUGGUGAUGGUGAUGGCGAUGGCGAUGGCUUCAACAAAAGACAAAUUAAUAAGGUCUUGCUUCAACACAGAGGCUUUGGCUUGGAAGGGGAGCUCAAGAUAUGGCCCACCGAUGGCCGAGAAACGGUGGAAGUGGGAAGCUGGCUGGACACCUGCAAGCUUGACGGCAAGCACUUGCACAAGCGAAAUAUGGGCGAAGGGCGAGAGCGAGGGGGAGGCAUUGAAGAGAAGCUGGGCUUUUAUCCACCCUCCACCCAUCGACAUGGCCAUGCCGAUCCCAUUCAUCGGUGCUUCACCCCAUCUUUACACCUGAACAGACGAGACCGAGUGGGUGACUGA